AUGUCUACCCCUUCCUCAUCCUCAGCCCCUCCCCCACCACCUCGCUGCCCCUCCUGCACCUCCCUCCUAACCACACACGACCCCGCAACCCACGAGAUCCGCACCUGCGCCACAUGCUUUGUGCGACUCCGGUGCACAGAGUCUCUCUGGGGCCGCAUGACGAACGAGGAGAUUACAUUUUUCCCGCGGGUGCUGGAUGAUGAGGAUUUGAAUAGUGAUGGUGAUGGUGAUGGUGAUGGAGAGGUGAAGGAGGAAGAUAUAGUGAUUGAAGACCAGAGGGAGCAGAAGAAAGCGAGAACGGGGACGGGGAUAUUUUCGUGGGUUGUUGGACGGAGGUGA